UAGCAGUGUCAUUGUCUUCCGAGUUCUGUCGCAAACCGCCAGCGGCGCUAUUAAAUUACCGCCACUCGUCAGUGUUCCGUUUUCCCGCGUUUCAUCCUCGUGUUCUUGUUCUAUUUGGCGCAUCUCUUCUCUUUUGGAUUUGCGAUUUGCUUUUUUAGUUUUUAAAGUUGAUAACUGUGACACCAACUUAAGCCUUUGUCACAAGAUGUCCGGGUCAAUCAACGAAGGAGCAUCCACUUCUGCUGGUUUGACGGGGGCAAUCAACGAAGGAGCAUCCACUUCUGCUGGUUUGACGGGAGCAAUCAACGAAGGGGCAUCCACUUCUGCUUGUCUGUCGGGGGUAUCUACUUCUGCCAAUCUGUCGGAGUACGAACUUUUGCGGCAAGAAAACAUGAAUAAACUGCAGCAAGAGGUAGGUGAUGUAUUUAAUAAUGCUCUGCAAUGUGCGCAGAAGCUUAACAAAAAAUUUCAAUUUCGGAGUGGUAGAAGGCCAGCUCAUCGACCAGGCAGACGAGUUAAAUUAUUCUCUAAAUUGGAAAAAUCAUCAAAUGUGAAGAAGGAGACUCAAGGUGAAGAUAUCCGUCGUUCUUUACGUGAUAAAAGAAAACAAAUCUAUUAUAAUUCUAAAGAAGAAGAUGACAAAGGAAAAAACAAAAAACGUCGACAAAGAAAUAACUAUCAGAAAAAGUUUCCUUUGAGUAAAUCUGAAGGUUCAAAGAGAAAAUUUAGCAGAAAAGUAUCUCGAUUGGAUGUAUCUCUUGUAACAAAAGAAAUGUUAGACAACAUAAUUUACCGCUCUGUAGGAAAAAAAUAUAGUACUAACGAAGGAACAACUUGUCAUCAAUGCAGACAGAAGACAUUAGACCAAAAAUCAUACUGUCGGCAUGAGAGCUGUAAAGGAAUGAGAGGUAUGUUUUGUGGUUUUUGUUUGGGCACUCGGUAUGGUGAAGAUGUAGCUGAAGCUUUAUUAAAUCCGUUAUGGGCUUGUCCGCCAUGUCGUGGACGUUGUAACUGCAGCAUUUGCAGACGUGAUCAGGGCAAAGAUCCAACCGGACAGUUGGCGCAAGUAGCUAAAGCUAAAGGAUACAAAUCUGUUUGCCAUCUAUUAAGGACAAUAGAAGAGGAACAAGAUAGCACUAAUAAAAAUUCUAUUGAUAAAUGUGAACUGAAAAAUCCAGUUGAAAACAACAUUGAAACAGGUAAUCAGUCAAAGAUUGAUAAUUUGAAUGAAAAGGUUGUAUUUAAUGAAUAUAAUGCUAAAAACAAGUUCGGGCAAAUUAAAUCAAAGAAAAACGAUAAUUGCUGUAUAAAGGAUGAAGAAAUAUGUAGUUCUAAAAAUAAUAUAAAAGAGCCUAAAGAAAGUUCAGAAAUGAUUAUUGACCAAAUUUAUGAGCAAUUUAUGUCAUCUAAAUUAUUGAAAGAAGAGAAUUAAAUAAAAAAGCAAAUCAAUUUUCUAAACAUAAACAGCAAGUAGCCAUUA